GUUAUAGCGCUGUUUUGCCGCAAUAGGAUCCGCAACACCUUAGAUCAACGUCAAAGCAUCAACGACCUAGAGCAACUUCCCUUUAUUCGACCGCUGCAACCGAUUACUCGCGAUGUUCAUGUCAUGAGCCUAUGAGAGAACUCUCCAUGGAUCAAUAGAAUUUCUCAAUCACAAAAGACAUCACAUAACACCAUCAACCUCAUCCAUCACGAUAUCAUGGAGAACCUAUCUAUCGCCGAUGCCCCUCCACAGGGCCGCGGUGCGCCGCAACCACUCCCCCAGUUGCCGCCGCAGAUGUUCACGACUGCAGCGCAGCUCCUGGAUCUCACAGACAGUACGACUCCGUCAUGGUACCAGUUCAUUCCUGUUUCCGGUUCAUGAGAAGGGUUGGACUCGAUAAAAGCAGGGAGAAGGACGGAUCGUGUGCUGACCACUGUAUAAUUGCAGAGAAGCUCAUGGUCGCUUUGCGCGAUGGGAGAAAGCUCAUCGGCGUGCUAAGAAGCUGGGAUCAAUUCGCCAAUCUCGUCCUCCAAUCUACCGUCGAACGUAUCUUUGCGCCCUCCCCCGAGUCGGCAGGUAGCGAUCGACCAACGGGUCUGUACGCCGAUAUAAAUCACGGCAUAUUCCUCGUCCGAGGUGAAAACGUGCUCCUCCUUGGUGAAAUCGACCUCGACAGGGACGACGACCCGCCUCCUGGCUUUAAGCUCGGAGAGCUAGACGUUGUCAAGAAGCUCGCAGAGGAGAAGAAAGCCGUCGACAAGGCAAGGGAGAAGGCGCGGGUCAAGAAGCUUGCGAAGCAGGGCUUUGAGGGGGAGAAUAUUGGCGAGAUCGUGCUCUAGAGGACGUUUGGAUAUUGGUAUUUAUCUCAAUUACAAGGCCUGGAAGCAGGUUCAGGUUGCCGGACGCUUUGAAGUGCUCUGGCUGAUGGUCGUUUGGGCAGAAUAUUGUGAAAUGCCCAUAUACCAUCAAGGAGAUGCCGGCUUGAGAAUGGGCUGGCUCUUCAGGAAUUAAAAAGCCUCGAUACAGUAGGUUAGAGGCGGAUAGCGCGUAUGAAUAUAUGAGCUUCACGACGCUACAUCCAAUGUUUACCACCACUAG